ACGCUUUUAAACUAGUAUUUUUUUAUUUAAUAGUUUACAACUGAAUUUCUAUUUCCCCUUUUCUUCUCGAGACAAUCUGAAAUAAAUAACGGUUCACAAUAAACCUGUGCGAGGCGAGAUAUUGUGAAAAGGUGUGUUUCUUACUUCUGACAUAUUUAGGUACAACACCCAAGAUACACUCAAGCUUAUUCCUUGUUGUGCAUCUACCAGCUUACAGAAGCAACAGGCAGACGUAUUCUCUAUUUUAUUUCACUGCUUUACAAAAUAACACCUAAGCUUGUCUUUCCGCUUAUUCUCAACAACUUCCCUUCCUCGGCAAUUGACGGAAAUGUUUCGACUUAUCUGAAAAGAAAACAAUUCUAUCCAUGAAUGAGCAAUAGUCGUCUACAACCACAACUGCGAAGAUGGCAGGGAUAGAACAACUAGAAAUCCACAGCAAGUCCUAUAUUGUGCGAUGGGUCAAAGUCGACGAAGAUCAAACCAUUUCAUGGAGUGUCCAACCCCAUAAGAAGUCCAUUAACUUCGGCAUUGUCAAGCAUCCCGGCCACGGCGCAGCAGCUCAAGUACCGACCUUAGACGGCACGAAUAACGAUUACGAACACGUCGACGGUAGCGGGAACCAUGGGAAGGGUCGUUUUGCGAAGAGAGAUGCUAGUACAGCUCAGGAGCAAUUGGCUAGUAAAGGGUUUAUUCCAGUAAAAUGGUAUGGGAAAUGCGAGGCCGACAAAGUGUCCAUGGGAACAUAUGAUGUCCUAAAGGGUCAUGGGGGGAUGUUUGGUUUAAUAUUCGACAAUACCUUCUCCAAGCAAACAUCCAAGACGGCUACCGUUGUUAUCCUUACCUACCCCACAGGCGCGCCGCCGCAAGGGGCACAUCAUCUCCCGAACCUCCAAGCCGGUUCCCACGCGAGCAGUAGUAAAACUAGUCUAGGAAGAGCAAAUCAACAAUUGGGGGACAUGCCAGCCGAGUCUACCGAAAGUCUACAGAGUCACCUAGCCGGCCGUCAACGAGCAAAAUCUAUGGGCGCUCGCAGCGAUGGGAUAGCAUCGUCAACUACAUUCACGGGUACCCUAUUAAAGAGACGGAGAAAGAAGGGUCAAGGUUAUGCUCGAAGGUUCUUUUCCCUGGAUUAUUCGUCUUGUACCAUGUCAUACUAUCACAAUCGCAACUCGUCUGCAUUAAGAGGAGCAAUUCCCUUGAGUUUGGCUGCAAUUGCUGCCGACGAGCGGCGAAGGGAAAUCAACAUUGAUUCCGGAGCAGAAGUUUGGCACUUGAGAGCAUCUAAUGCCAAGGAAUUCAAUGAAUGGGCACGGGCUUUGGAAAAGGCGAGCAGAAUCGCUAGGGGCCUUGAACCGACGCUCGAGGAGCCUUCUCCUGAAAAGCUUACAGUGGCAACUGCUAAGCAUGUCAACCCGCCAAAUUCGCAUCAAGAAGAGGACCGAGAAUGGCAGCAGGUCGAAGCUUUGGUUAGCCGUAUUGUCGGUACGCGAGACGCCCUACGCCGUUUGGUUAAAGAUAUGGCUGUUCAGAAACAACCACCGCAACGGCCUCAGACUUCACACCUAACGUCGGCCUCCCCAGCAGCCGUAUCAGAGAGCAGCGAUGGUUACUUCACACCAGCAACACAGGACAGGCGCCCAUUUUGGAAGAGAAAGCAAAGCUCCUCGCCCCUUCCACCAGAUUCUCCGGCACCAGCAGCCUCGCCAGCGUUGGCUGUGCCAACGCCGAAUGGGUCCAGCCACGGCGAACAAGUGGAGCAAAACACCCAUGACCAUUGCGCUGCUCUCUUGAACGAUCUGGACUUAGUUGUCGCGGAGUUUACUAAGGUACUUGCUAAUAGCAAGAAACGACGAAUACCAGUGCCCGCCUCCGCUACCUCUAGGAGAAGUCUUGAGUCCACUGCGUCGACUGAUGAGUUCUUCGAUGCUGAGGGAGGAGAAACGGAUAGCAGAGCUCAAGUUAUGAUGAUUGCUAGCCGCGAGAGUGACGAAGAUUCUCACGAAUCCGAGGCUGAUGAUGCCACUAUUGACGACUCAUCUUCAACGUCAUCCGUGGAAGAAGGCGAAGGGAACGCGGGAGCAAGUGGUGCUGCGGCUCUCUAUCCUGCACGGCCCAAAUCCCUCGCUCCAUUGCCAGUCGACAUCGCUGUAGAACGACGUAAAACUAUUCCCGCAGCUACCGUUCCGCCUCCAAGUCUGAUCGCAUUCGUCCGCAAAAAUGUUGGUAAAGAUCUGAGUACGAUCAGUAUGCCUGUCUCGUCGAACGAGCCUAUAUCGACUCUGCAGCGUGUAGCGGAGCAGCUGGAGUAUGCUCAGCUUCUUGACCAGGCCGCGCAGCAAAAAACCCCCAAAGACCGUUUGGUAUAUGUCACUGCUUUUGCCAUUUCACAUCUUAGCGUCAACCGUGUAAAAGAGCGUGCUAUGCGUAAGCCUUUUAACCCCCUGCUGGGUGAAACUUUCGAGCUCCUUCGUACGGAGAGCGAGGUUCCCGGUGGAUUUAGGCUCAUUGUUGAAAAGGUUACGCACCGUCCGUUACGCCUUGCAAUGCAUGCCGAUGCCGCAGCUUGGUCUCUCACUCAAAGUCCUGCUCCUUCGCAGAAAUUCUGGGGUAAGAGUGCCGAGCUGACUACUGAGGGACGGGUCCGCGUAGCCUUACGACUACCAGAUGGCACCGAUGAGUUAUACUCGUGGAAUCUCGCAACUAUGUUCUUAAGGAACGUAGUUGUGGGAGAGAAAUACGUCGAGCCAGUUGGGACGAUGACCGUAUGCAACGAUACCACUGGAGCGAAAGCUAGUAUCGAAUUUAAGACGAAGGGUAUGUUUGGCGGCCGCAGUGAAGAUGUUGAGGUGCAACUCUUCGAUGCAGAUGGAAACCAGAUCGGGACCGGCCUUAUAGGAAAUUGGACUGCUUCGCUUCGUAUUACGGAGGGCGGUAAGGCAACCAAUAAAGAGGUCUGGAAGGCUGGCCAACUCGUUCCCAACGCACCAAACACUUACGGUUUGACGGCAUUUAGCGCCACCCUUAACGAGAUAACCCCUGUUGAGGAAGGCCGGCUACCACCUACGGAUACUAGAUUACGGCCCGAUCAACGGCUUGCGGAACAAGGCAAGCUUGACGAUGCCGAAGAGUGGAAGGUAACGCUUGAGGAGGCACAGCGCGUGAGAAGAAGAGAUUUGGAAACCAAGGGCGAAGAGUACAAGCCGCGAUGGUUUGUCAAGGCAUCCGACGCGCCAGAUGGAGAGGAACUGUGGAAGUUGAAGCUAGGAAAAGAGGGCUACUGGGAGGAGAGAGCGAAGGGGGAGUGGAAGGGCAUCGAGCGUAUAUUCGACGCUCCGGCUUAAGCAGUAGCCUCGUUAGAAGUUUAGUCUUGUUCCUAUUACGGGCGACUCGACUCUAUGUUAGAUUACGCUGCACGACAUGAUUGUUGGCCGCUUACAAGUAGACAUGUUGGAUCGGAGUUAUAGAAGACAGCGCGGGCAUACAAAAAGAAGAACUUCAUACACGUAUAGAUCUACAUUGUAGGUACUCUGUUUCAAUCUACCAUCGGGAAUAGCCUGUCCCAACUACUAGAAUCCACAUCCCAUCUAUCCCAUUUUCCCC